GCAGGGCAGCAGCGGCCGCUGCAGGUCGGUCGCGCUCGGUGCGUUGCGGGGGGAGGUGUGUGGGAAGCAGGGUAUCGAUGCUGGGGGACCCUCCGGGCCGGCGCAAAAAGGCGAGGGAGGGGUGUGCACGAAUUUCCUCAUUUCUCUCCCCUGCAGGGACCGUCACCCCUUUGCAUUGGCUGGUUUUGCAGCUGGAGCCGCUGUCUCAAGAAGAAGUUGCCCAGAAGUCCCGCUGAGUCCUGGCUGGGGGCGGCAGGAGGAUGCACUGACUAGGCUAAGGGCACGUUAUCCUUAAAUCGGCCUGAUCAUACAUUAAUAACCGCCCCUCGCUGGCGCUCCUGCCGUUGGGAGGGUUCAGUGACAAGAAGCGGUGGAUGAAAGGGGUUGUUAUCUGUGGGGUACCCACAAUGGGAUGUGGGUACCAACAACAUCUGGGGCUUGCAUCCCUUUUUUUCUUCUGCCGUGCAUCAUUGGAUGCUGACUGCUACCAAAGCAAGCCUCAUUUUUGACAGGCGCUCAAACUAUCCAGGAGGAAAGCACGGGAGAAUAUACUGUAUAGUAUAGGGGACAAUCUUGUAUUGUGCCCUGGAGGUGAUGGAUGGGUUCGCGGGUAGAAUCUUUUCCGUUUUCAGUCAUUCAGCCUGAACAGCAGGUGAUUUAUUUUUUAUCUAAAAAUCAGUGGAGGUGAAGGAGCACAGUGCGUGUUGUGUUCCCAUCACACUGGUUUCUGACAUUAAAUGCACACUGUCCAAUUUAAAAUCAUCCACUAUUAACAAACCAUUCUUUGCAUAUAUUACUGACAACACGGAUUCAGGUACCAGCAGUUCCUUUCUGUAGUGCAAAGACAUCGCCUGAGGUUAUAACGGAAAGGAUUUUAAAAAUCCAAGUUACCUUUCACACUUGAUGGUUUUUGUUUACAUUUUGCAUUGCUCACAGCUUGAUCAAUGAAUGACUUUCACUUUUGUUUUUAGGGCAGCAGUUUUUCCGUUUCAGCCAAUGCAGGGAUAUAAACAGAUCCUAUAUAUAUCUUUCAAAAUCACUAUUUCCCAUGGAUUAUACAUUUUUAAUGGCACAGUAACAUUUCUCUUGGGUUUUGUAGAAGCUUUGUUUUACUCCAUCUAAAUUUUGGGCCUAGUUUGAGUUGACCGCAUCCUUUCAAUCAUGGCCAGUGCAAAACCCUGUCUGAAGUUCAGCAAGUGCAGUGUAUCUGCCCCCCAUGUAAAUCCCACAUCAGAUGGGUGCACUCAUUAUUAUAAAUUAUUUGUAUUGUGGUAGCACCUAGGAGCCCCAGCCAUGGACAAGGACCCCGUUGUGUUAGGCGCUAUACAACCGCAUUGUGACUCCCAAAUGUUGCAUAGAGAGUAGAAGUGAGAGGGUUCACUGCCUUUUGUACACAGCUGGAAGUGGGGAAACCAUGAACAUCACCACAUCGCUGUACAUCCCACAACAGGUGGGUGCACUCACUAUUAUUAAUUACCUGUGUUAUGAUAGUACCUCAGUCAGGGUCCCAUUGUCAUCGUUGCUGUAUUAACACAAUAAAAGACAGUCCCGGUCCCAAGGAGUCUUUCUAUGAGAAGACACAUCAAGGGGAUGUAACAAACAAUCGAAGAGGUUGGAUGACGGGAGGUGUGGAGCUUUCAACAGCUGGAGUGAGGCAGUGCUUCUGCACCGUGUCAGAGAAGUCCAGUGUAUGUUUGAUGGAUUUUGAUGCUUUGUUUUGUUUUGUUUUGAAGGAUUUUAUAAACUAAAGAGCACGCUCCCAAGGUUGAACGCUUACUUCCCUUCAAAGGGCCAUGGAGCCAGGCAGCAUUGAUAACUUGUCCAUCCUGUACCAGAGCUCUGACUUCAUUGUGGUCAACAAGCACUGGGAUGUUCGCAUCGACAGCAAGAUGUGGUAUGAGAAGCUGACCCUGCAGAGCCAGCUGAAGUACCGUUUCCCAGAGCUGGCUGACCCAGACACGUAUUAUGGCUUCAGGUUUUGCCACCAGCUAGACUUUUCCACCAGUGGGGCCCUCUGCGUUGCUCUCAAUAAAGCGGCUGCCGGUAGCGCGUACAAGUGUUUUAAGGAACGGAUGGUGACCAAGGCCUACCUCGCUCUGGUCAGGGGCCAUGUGAGUGAAAGCAGAAUGACGAUCCGUUAUGCCAUAGGGAAGAACACGACAGAGGGCAUGACCCACAUGAUGUGUAUUGAAGGGACAGAAGGCUGUGAAAAUCCAAAGCCUUGCCAGUCAGAGCUAAGCGUCCUCGAGCAUGGUUCAUACAGUGGAGACCCAGCAACUAAAGUGCUUCUACAGCCACUGACUGGCCGGACACACCAGCUCCGGGUUCACUGCAGUGCCGCUGGACACCCCAUAGUGGGAGACUUCACGUACAGUUUUAAGAAGGACAGUAACCCGUACAGAAUGAUGCUCCAUGCCUACUACCUGCGGAUCCCUACCAGGAAGGAACUGAUUGAGGUGAAUGCUCCUGACCCCUUUCUGACCUCUCUGGAUAGCAACUGGGUCCCUCACCACAUUGUGCACCGACUGGAUGAGAUGCUUCAGGAAUUGAAGGACAAGACUAUCCGGGUAGAGGAAGAGGAGAGGAACCAGGAAGCAUUGCUUAGUAGUGGAGGAGAAGAGAUGCCGAGCAAAGCCAAGAGCCUGGAGACAGAGGAAGAACGAGCCAAGUGUGAGCAGUGGUUGGAGGAGUGGGUCUUGGCAUGAGAUGCUGCUCUUGCUGUGCAUUUCAAACCCGAUAUUCCAUUUCUCACUGUGGGAUGUGACAGACAAUCCUCCCCGCUCCCUCAGGACCCAACACCACCUCCACGUCAGCAUGUUUUUAUGCCGAGCUAUCUUAGAAUGAAUCCUCCAAGGUUCAUUUCCGGGACUGAGAUUUGACUUAUUUUUGCAUCAAGUAGGAUUUUGUUUAUUGCGAGUCAAGCUCCACCCCACCAUGGGAUGCACUUUCUGCUUGUUCUGCAACUCAGCUAUGGGAUUUGAAUGGCGUGCACCAUACCAGAAAUGAGGCAGUAGCCCCAGUGGCCUGCACCUCUGUAUUAGCACUAAACUGCUGGGAGGGGUUCAGCAGAGCUGAUCCAUUUAGGGUGCUUGUGCAGGGAAUGGUGGAGCGCCUUUCAAACCUGUAGUACUAAACCAUUGCCAGGAUACAAUCAAUUUAAAGGGAAUCAGUAAUGGAGAUGAGAAGGUGUGGACUGUACGCCUUUCUGGGUGGAAUCUUUGGAUCUGCUUUCACUUCCCUGUUUCUGCCUACUGAGUGAUCAUGUCCACUCACUGAGUCCUGUUAGCUAUUGCUGUCUUCCAGUGCAGGGUAUGAAGAAGUAUCCUGCAGCAUUUUGCAUUGAUCCCACUAAAAGGAUGAGAGUCCUGCCAACCGGCCAUGUGCUUUGCCAAUGUGGGUAAACCCCAGUGAAACAGAGCAGCUGGGAGGGUCCUCUCAUUGGAGGGUAGGACUCACUACCUUUUCCAAGUCUGCAUUUAGACCACUUUUAUUUUUAAAAGGUUUUAAAUUGAUGAAUACUAAUGAAUUUUAAACUUUCUAUGGAAAUUUGACACGGAAUACAGUCCUUUAACAGUUCUGCAGUGCUGUCGAUCUCAGAUAUUUGUAACAUCACACUUCUAGUACACUGGCACCAGUAGCAGAUUAAAAAUAUCCAAUGCCCCCAAAAGUUUUCCUACAGGUGGUGAGAUUUUAUUACACCCUUUACUUAUAUGCUCCUUUUCUAAGAGCCUGCUCUUGCCUGGAGAUGCACAUGUCACUCCUGCUGUGACUAAAAAUGGGCAUUCCAGGCAAUUCUCAGCAGGUGAACACAAUCCUAAGUAAAUUCAUGAGAAUCACCUUGUUCUCCUAAUGCCUAUGACAAGGGACUGCCUAAAAAGAAAAGGAGGAUUUGUGGCACCUUAGAGACUAACAAAUUUAUUUGAGCAUCAGCUUUCGAGAGCUACAGCUCAUUUCGUCGGACGCAUGCUAUAGCUCACAAAAGCUUAUGCUCAAAUAAAUUUGUUAGUCUGUAAGGUGCCACAAGUACUCCUGUUCUUUUUGCAGAUACAGACUAACACGGCUGCUACUCUGAAAAGGGUACUGCCUGGCUUUCAUCACUAGAUGGUGCCUUAGGCAGUCUCAGGUAUCACAGAUCAUUUGUUAAAAUUGUCUUAGGACUUCAGUAGUGAGACUAGAGGAAAAACACACAAAACUAAAGGACUGUUAAGGAGCUGGUGAACACAAACCACAGCAGGGAAGGCUGGGACUCGGGGUCUCUGUUUUGGGAGAGUCAAGAGUUGAAGGAAAACCUUAACUGAGAAUUUCCUUGCUUUGCAAAUCUAAUUCAAACCUUCAGCGUUGCUGUACUUGCCAUUUUUGGGUUUUAAUUUUCUCCUUCGGCUUUUAACGGUAGUUUUAAAAUAAUGGAAUAAAACUGUAAUGGAAUUCUGUGAGACAGUGCAUAGAUUAUUGAGACAAUAAACCACAAUCACCCAUUCAAAUCUAUUGUGACCUGUGUAUCUUAGCUAUUUACAUAGCACAAGUCACCUUAGGAUCUAAGCACUGAGCUGUCACAUCAGUGCAUGCCUUUAGGGUCCCUUAAUCCCCAGUCUAUUUUGGAUCUGAAAGUGCACGCUGUUUCAGUGUUGUUAUAGCCGUGCUGAUCCUAGGAUAUUAGAGAGGCAAGGUGGGUGAGGAUAUAUCUUUUAUUGGACCAAUUUCUGUUGGUGAAAGAGAUGAGCUUUUGAGUUUCUACAGAGCUUUUCUUAAGGUCAGAGUAAAAGAGAUUCCCUCACCCACCUUGUCUAUUCCCCUAGAUGACAAAUAUAUCUACUAGGAGAGGUGAAAAGAACUUCACCGCUGUCCACGGGACAUGGAAACAUAAAUGUUCUGUUGAGUCACUUAAAUCAUCCUUAGUUUUUGCCCCUCAGAAUGGCUCUGGCCACCUAUUUCCAUGGAUGCCAUUUGAUACAUCCUCAGUAUAGUCUCAGCUGCCAACGUAAUGCACGCAGUCUCGCUUGUUUCCGGCACUAUAGUUGUAUGUUCUCCUUCUGGAGAACAUGUAGCUCAGACUGACAUACCCAUUGCGAGGAGGAUAUGUGUCUUAGAGAAUUGCAUUUCAUUGCACCAGUGGAUGCCUGUGUGUGCCUGCAGCUUCCAGUAGCUGUAUGGAAUUGCUAUGAAGUGGAUCUUUGAGAUAACAAUUCAUCAUCCAACUUUUCAUGCAUUGAUAGGAGAAUCUUCCUGUUUGGCACUUUAUUGCUUGAUAUUUUGUGUGUGUGUUGCAGAGUUAGGGCCAGAUAAUACCUGGUGGGUCAUUAUUUUUCAUGGUUCUUCCCUAUACUAUUCCCACUUAUAUCUGAAGCAGUGAUCAGGUGAUCAAUGCAUGUGAAUUGACGCUGAGGGACAUUCUUUAGGAGCAAAGUGUUCAGCAAAUUUUAGUACCUACAGGAAGCAGAGACUCUAGCUUGGUUUGCUUUAGUAUCGGACUCUCCCCAUUGAGUAUCCUAGUUCAGCUGCUGGUAUUUUUGCCAGGCAGGCAGAGGCUCAUCCAGUAGAGAACAUAUCUCUUGCUCCAGAGACUGCUGGAGAUUGUGUUAGUCAAAAGACAUGACAUGCAUCAGUUGGCUGAAGCAUGAUCAGAAGAGUCAUGAUCUUGGGAAGCAAUUCACGGAAUAGCAUUAGCACUGGCUCAGGGCAGUCCUGAUUAUCAGCAUUACUGGCUGGAGGUUACAUACCGCAGCUAUGCAGACUAAUGUAAGCUGCCUGUUUGGAGGCAGAUAGAAUAUUUGUGGAAGUAGAGGACCAUGCAUGAGAAGUUCUGUGGACAAAACUUCUAAGACUCUUUUCAAUAAUGGUCCCAGUCUCACCUACCUUUGUCACACAUAUGCACAGUGAUGGGGGAAGCGUAGGGAAUGGAGCCUGUUGGGAAGUAGCCUGAUGAGAUUCCUUAAACUGUAAGCCAAUGAUUAGCUCCAAUAUACUGAGUAAGUGACUUCCCUGAUCAGUGUGGGAAGGUGAAAUUCACUGUGGUGGAGAGAUCACACACAAAGUCCUGGCAACACUUAUGCCCUUAACACAGGGCCUUGUGCAGGGCACGUACACUGGGGUGAAUUGUACCCCAUAAGAGAUAUAGAAAGUGUCUUCCAGCUGAGCUAUGCUCAGCAUUGAUCCUACCAGCUCAGCAGCGGUGUGUGUGGUGGGGGCCAUUUGGCUCACAUUGGAGUGUGGCUGCCCAUUGGCCAUGAAGAUCUCAAUUUGUCUUCGCUGUGAUGACCCAGAACUCGCACUCUCCCCCACGCAUACAUGCAAAGAGGAAAGUAAGCCAUUGUAUGGGGAACCUCACUGGUUAGGUGAGCACACCCUAGUGUUUGUUCACCGGUUGACGGACAAAACUUGUCCCAAAUAUUUAAAGUCUUGAAAACAUUCCAUCCAGAACCCUGUGGACCAAAUGUUGGUGCAAAGACCACAGCAUCCCCUGUUUGCUCUGCAUGCCUGUGAGGGUUUAGACUUUAUGUAUUGCACUUUUAUCCAAUGUUGCAGGAACAGAGAUGAAUAUUUUUUUCCUGAAAUUUUAUGAAUUGUGGAUUGAGAAAUGUAUUUUGCAGUAACGCUUUUACACUGCUUCCACCCUUGAACACCAUUGUACAGUGUUUGCUCUCCUUUAGCUCCUCAUCUGUGUUUAUCAUGUGGUAGAGAUUUGACGGUUACUUCCCUUGGGUAAUUUGCUAGGAGCCUUAAGUCGAUCUAUUUAUAUAUUUAUAAUGUGGCAUGGGUAGUUUUGGUGGGAGUAUUUUGUGACAUUUUGUAAACCUUGGGAUAAUCCUUGUUGUUUAUUGUUAAUGCAUUUGUGGACAUUCCUGUAAUAAACCACUAAGUGUGCACCGUG